ACUCUGCGCUGGCGUUUUCGACCUUUCCCUCGUCCGGGCGGGCAGGCCCAGGAUUUCAUCCGAUGUAGAUGUGAAGCUCCUAAACCAGAAACUUCUACUUCAAGAGGUGCCCAAGGAAAUGAGGUUUUUAGGACCAGCUUGCCCGGGAAGUCACCAAUGGACUGUGGACACUUAUCUGAGAGCAGCGAGAAGAUCUCUGUCCCAGGCGUGGAGCCCGAUUCCCUGCUGCCUUCUGCUGCCGGCAGCAAUUCCUGCCCGCCCGUGGCAGCUGGGCAUCGGGCUGGGGCACCUCCUGGCAGACCCGCUGCUGCUAACGCCGCCCGCGAGCGCAGUCGGGUUCAAACCCUGCGCCAUGCCUUCCUGGAGCUGCAGAAGACUCUCCCCUCUGUGCCACCCGACACCAAGCUCUCCAAGCUGGAUGUACUUCUCCUGGCCACCACCUAUAUUGCCCACCUCACUCGCAGCCUUCAGGAUGAGGAAGAGUCACCAGGAGAGGGCUUGGGCACCCUCCGAGGGGAUGGGUACCUCCACCCUGUCAAGAAGUGGCCGAUGCGCUCCAGGUUAUACAUCGGAGCUACAGGACAGUUUUUGACUCACUCGGCACAAGGAGAUGGUGCAAACCAAGGAGAAACAUCAACAACUUCACAAAUCUAA